AUGUCAGCUGCUGUUCCCCCCAAGGCCGCCAAGGUCACAACGACCACCCCCACCACAACCAUCAGGAAGAAGGCCAUCAACAACCCGCACAGGGUCCAAGUCCUUGUCGACUUUCCCGACCCUACGGUCACGAUUAAGUCCGUCUACCCGAUUGCCAUCCCCGGACCCCAAAGGAAGUUCGUCGCCGUUGCUGAUGGCGACAAGACUUUUCACGAGUUGAAGGACGUUAUCAACGACGAGUUGCAUCGUCUCUACGCCGAAGAAGCUCCCUACGGCCUCUGCGGGUUUAAGAACUGGCAAUACAGCAAAAUCCCCGAGAGGUACCUCAUUCGCGAUGUCCUCGGCAAACAAUGCGAUGUCCAUGCCACCAGAGAGCUCCUCUCGGCCAAGAAACUGGGCAAGUCGACCAAGCGAAAGGUUGAGGGAGAGAUGCCUUCUUCUCUCUCUUCCUCCUCUUCCUCUUCGUCGUCCUCUUCGGCAAUCGCCGUCGCGUCCGACGCCACUAGCUCUUCUGCCCCUGUUCCCAAGGCCAAGAAGGCCAAGAAGGAGCCUGCUUCUCCCUCUACCGAGACAAAACCCAAGGCCGUUGUCAAGAAGGGUGCCAUCGCCACUCCUGCCAUCAAGGAGACUGCCGAGGACAAGGCCCUCCAAGCUGCCUAUACCAAUCUGACUGAGGAGCAGAUCAUGUCGAACAUCUCGGGUACCCAUACGCAGGGGAAGAAGAAGGCGCCAUCCGGCAUUGUCACCCCUGAGGCUUCCGAGUCCUCCGCCAGCCCGGCCCCUACACCUGCUCCUGCUACCCCCAAGAAGCAAAAGAACGCCAAGAAGGUCGAUGUUGUCACGAUUCCUACCCCUGCUCCCGUUCCAACCAAGGCUGCCGAGAACGAGGUCAAGAAGGUCUCUGCUACUAUCCCUUUCCCCAAGGAUAGCAACGACAAGUCUGAGGAGGAUAUUAUGAAGGAGAUCAGCGCUUACCACAAGGCCCAGAAACUGGUGGAGGAAACGAAGGAGCCCGUCGCCGUCGUUAAGGCCAAGAAGGAGCCAGCAAAGGUCAAGAAGGAGCAAGCCAAGGCUAACAAAGCUGCUGCUACUCCUGCUGGAGAAGAGUCCUCCAAGCCAACCGGCGCUUCUGCUGCUGCCAAGGGCAAGAAGAUUAUGAACAAGGGCUACCAGUCUGAUGACUCUUCCGACUCUGCACCAGUUACUAAGGGACACUGGGGUGCCCGUCGCAAGGAUGACGAUGUGGAGGAGCUGCAAAGAUGGGCGGCGCAGGAUCCCGCCUCCUUGACAGAUGAACAACGCAAUGAGCUCCGACUCUGGGACAGGCGCAAGUACAAUCGCGACCUUAUGACAGCAAGGCGCAGAGCAGAGAUCAAUUCCAAGUCUGCGGAUCCUGUAGUUGCAGCUGCAGCCACUUUGUUCUUAGACUCGCUCAAUGUCCGUGGUCGUCCCGGUCGUCCCUCAGUCGCUUCUGAGAGCCCCAGGAAGAAGAUUGAAAAGUAUAUUCAGGAGACGAGUGAGAAAAAGGUGAAGGAUGAUGGGGAUGAUGAAUCAGAGGAGCAGGAAAGAAAGUCGUCUUCUUCGUCUUCGUCGUCCUCGACGCCCGACGCUGAGGCACGGGUCAAGAUGGAGCAGAAGUCAAUCAAAGUGGAACCCAAGCCUGUUGAACGUGAGAAGUUGCCACCCUCCAUGCUCACUGAGGACUCUGACUCUGAGGAAAACUGA